CACAUCCUCCUUCCUGCAUGCACCUCUGCUUUCUGCUUCACUUCUUCCACUUAUCUCUCUGGCAUCUUUUUUUUUUUUUUUAUUUUAACUUCUUGCUACACUCUCUUUGGAGAGAUGAAAGGAGAGCAGUGGGAUUGUCUUUGGCUGAGAGUAGCAACCGUGGCAGAUGUCUGAGGAAAAUUUCCUUUCUUGGUAAGCCUUGAAGGGUGCAGAAGGAAAAAAGGAAGACUGGCAAAGAUUUUUCUUUUCCCCUGCCAAGGGCGCCAAUGUUUUUCCUCCAGAAAAUGUGGAUGAUUGAGAACGGCACACACUGAGAUUUUAAGACUGACAAACCAGAUGGACAAAUAACUACAGAAAAAGAAGAUUUAAACCAAGAGGAAUCUAAGAGGAGAAAUUAUGAACACCACACAACAGCAUGGAUUGACCCAAGGCUACCACAACAGGAGCCAAACCUCAGGCACUUUGCCAUUUGACAAGGACUCAUCAGCUGAGAAGGAUUCAUCAGCAGGAUGUUACGAACAGCUGCUGAUUUCUACAGAGGUUUUUCUCACUCUGGGCAUUGUCAGCCUGCUGGAGAACAUCCUGGUUGUGGCUGCCAUUGUCAAAAACAAGAACCUUCACUCACCUAUGUACUUUUUUAUCUGUAGUCUUGCUGUGGCGGACAUGCUUGUCAGUGUCUCCAACGCCUCUGAGACUAUUGUCAUUGCGCUCAUCAAUGGAGGCAAACUGACCAUCCCUGUCACGUUGAUCAAAAACAUGGACAAUGUGUUUGACUCCAUGAUCUGCAGCUCUCUGUUAGCAUCUAUCUGUAGUCUGCUUGCCAUCGCCGUUGACCGCUACAUCACCAUCUUCUACGCGUUGCGAUACCAUAACAUCGUCACCCUGAGAAGAGCGAUGUUGGUCAUCAGCAGCAUCUGGACGUGCUGCAUCGUGUCCGGCAUUCUGUUUAUCAUCUACUCAGAAAGCACCACGGUGCUCAUCUGCCUCAUCACCAUGUUCUUCACCAUGCUGGUGCUCAUGGCGUCGCUUUACGUCCACAUGUUCCUGCUGGCGCGCUUGCACAUGAAGCGGAUCGCCGCGCUGCCUGGCAACGCGCCCAUCCACCAGAGAGCCAACAUGAAGGGCGCCAUCACACUCACUAUCCUCCUUGGGGUGUUCGUGGUGUGCUGGGCGCCUUUUUUCCUCCAUCUCAUCCUCAUGAUCAGCUGCCCCAGGAACCCCUACUGCACCUGCUUCAUGUCUCACUUCAACAUGUACCUCAUCCUCAUCAUGUGCAACUCCGUCAUUGACCCCAUCAUCUACGCCUUUCGUAGCCAGGAGAUGAGAAGAACCUUCAAAGAGAUUUUCUGCUGCUCGAAUGCACUCUUGUGUGUGUGAACUGCCUGUUAAGUGUCUCCACGACCCUGACAGCCACAGUCUGCUAUUGAAAUGAAACUUGGUGAACAAGGACUUUGAGGUUUUAAGCUGUAAUCAUUGUGGACUGAUUUGGCUCCGUUGUUGUGCCCUGCGCUCUCUCAGUUGUCUGUAAAUGAUUGAUAAGUAGGGCGUUCGCCUCUGGUUUUGUGAGUUCAGGUUUCUGAAGAGGUAGGUUUACAAACACCUUGUAAAAUAGAGUAUCACUUCUGUAUAAAGAGAAAUGCUAUUUUGAUUUGUAGUACAUGCCGUUCUGAAGUGCAAUUCGAAGAGAAAAUGUGACCAGCAUCUAUAUAAACCAGUACACAUGCUCAAACUGUGGUUCAUUUUACAAAUGUUCUCUGUCUCUCUCUCUCUCUGAAAGCUUUUUCCAUCUACUUUCACUCUUUUUUUUUCUGUUUAAAAGAAAUCAACAAUGCCACAAGGACUUUAUGUAUCUACAUGGA